UCCACAGCUUCUGCUGCUCCAGCUGCAGACACAGGCCGCACGAUGAAGCUGCUCCUCCUGCCCUGGGCCCUGCUGCUGCUGGUGACGGCCCCCAGCCCAGGCCGCUGGCCUGCAGCAGAUGCCCAGGAAAGCUGCUCCCACCGCUGUGGGGAGUGGAACGAGCUAUGCUCCUGCCACCCGACCUGCUUCGGCCUGGACUCCUGCUGCAAGGACUUUCGGGACUUCUGCCUGGAGAUCUUGCCCUACUCGGGCUCCAUGAUGGGCGGCAAGGACUUCGUAGUGCAGCAUCUCAACUGGUUCAGCCCCACAGAUGGCGUGAUCUGCAGGUUUAAUGAGAGCGUCCAGACGCGUGGCCACGUGGACUCCUUGGGACACGUGCACUGUGUGUCACCGUUGCUCUAUGAGACUGGCCGCAUUCCCUUCACACUCUCCAUGGACAAUGGCAGCUCCUUCCCGCGCUCGGGCACCUGGCUGGCUGUGCACCCCAGCAAAGUGUCGCAGACAGAGAAGCUCCAGCUGGAGAACGAGACCCGCUGGCAAUACUAUGGCACUGCUGGCACAAAGGGUAACCUCACCCUGACCUGGAACACCGCGGCUCUGCCCACGCAGUCCGUCACCAUCGAGCUGUGGGGUUACGAGGAGACAGGGAAGCCAUACUCAGAGGAUUGGACAGCAAAGUGGUCAUACCUGUAUGCUCUGGCCACAAAUGUCUCAAACUCCGGCUUCUUCACGUUCACUCCGGAACCUGCACCUCAAAACUACCAGAGAUGGGAAGUGGGUGCCCUUCGGAUCAUCAACAGCGAAUACCAUUCUGGGGAGAAGGACGUGCACGCACUCUGGAGCAACGAGCAUGCGCUGGCCUGGCACCUGGGCGACGACUUCCGGGCAGACCCCGUGGCCUGGGCCCGUACUCAGUGUCUGGCCUGGGAGGAGCUGGAGGACCAGCUACCCAACUUCCUGGAGGAGCUGCCCGACUGCCCCUGCACCCUGGCCCAGGCCCGGGCCGACUCUGGCCGCUUCCACACGGACUACGGCUGUGACAUUGAGCAUGGCAGUGAGUGCACCUAUCACCCAGGGGCUGUGCACUGCGUGCGCUCCGUGCAAGCCAGCCCUCAGUAUGCCUCAGGCCAGCAGUGCUGCUACACGGCGGCAGGCACACAGCUCCUGACGGCGGACUCAAUGGGCGGCAGCACCCCAGACCGUGGCCACGACUGGGGCGCGCCCCCUUUCCGUGCGCCUCCCCGGGUGCCCGGCCUGUCCCACUGGCUCUACGACGUCAUCAGCUUCUACCACUGCUGCCUCUGGGCACCCGAGUGCUCCCGCUACAUGCGGCGGCGGCCCUCCAGCGACUGCCGCAGCUACCGGCCCCCGUGCCUGGCCUCUGCCUUCGGGGACCCACACUUUGUCACCUUUGACGGCGCCAACUUCACGUUCAAUGGGCACGGCGAGUACGUGCUGCUGGAGGCGUCGCUGACCAACCUAACGGUGCAGGCGCGGGCCCAGCCGGACACGACGCCCGAGGGCACGCAGGCCCGAGGCACGGGGCUGACAGCCGUGGCUGUCCAGGAGGGUGACUCAGACGUGGUGGAGGUCCGGCUGGCUGGCGGGGCUGGGGUCCUGCAGGUGCUGCUGAACCAGGAGGUGCUGAGCUUUGCCGAGCAGAGCUGGAUGGACCUGAAGGGCAUGUUCCUGUCAGUGGCUGCCGAGGACAGAGUAUCAAUCAUGCUGUCAUCGGGGGCCGGCCUGGAGGUCAGCAUCCAGGGUCCAUUUCUGAGUGUGACUGUCCUGCUGCCUGAGAAGUUCCUUACCUAUACACGAGGCCUCCUUGGGACGCUCAAUGACAACUUCACAGACGACUUCACCCUACGCAGUGGGCAGGUCCUGCCGCCAGAUGCCAGUUCCCAAGAGCUGUUCCAAUUUGGGGCUGACUGGGCCGUGGAGAACGCCUCCUCCCUACUCACCUAUGACUCCCGGCUCCUGGUCAACAACUUCCUGUAUGGCCCCAAGCAUGACCCUACCUUCAGGCCCCUCUUCCCUGACGAGAUCACCCCCAACUCCAGCCAGACGACUGAGGUGGCCAAAUUGUGUGGGGACAACCAUUUCUGCAGCUUUGACGUGGCAGCCACCGGGAGCCUAAGCGUGGGCAACGCCACGCGGAUGGCCUACCAGCUGCACCAGCGUCGCGUACAGAGCCUGCAGUCUGUGGUGUCCUGCGGCUGGCUGGCCCCGCCCCUCAAUGGGCACAAGGAUGGCAUCAGGUACCUGGUGGGCUCCACCAUCCACUUCCACUGUGACAGCGGCUACAGCCUGGCCGGGGCAGAGGCCAGCACCUGUCAAGCUAAUGGCACCUGGUCCACGCCCACCCCCACGUGCCAGCCAAGACGAAGCCACACAGUGCUGCUGAGCAUCAUCUUUGGAGGCCUGGCAGUGGUGGCUCUGAUGGCGGUGGUCUUCGUGGUGCUGCGCCGCAGGAAGGGCAACAUGGCCAUCUGGGGUUCACAGCCCUGAGGAGAACGCACUUGGCCUGCGGCACGAGGCAUACAGGCCACCCCGGGGCCAAAGACCACCCUCCCAGGAGAAAGCCCUGGACUCCUAAGAACAUGCGCCCUGGCACUUGGAUCCCCAAAUCCCCAGCACCGUACACCUGGGACCCGGACACCUGGUACCUGAGCCUCUAAUGCCCGUGGACCCGAGGCCCCAUGCCCUGCUCUGUCUCCUCAGACCUGGACCCCGAGCUCUAACUGCAGUUCUCGAGGUCGGCACCCAGGGCUCUGUCCCCAAAUCCUGGCAGCUCUAAUUCCCCAGACCCGAGACUCCACACCCUUGAGCUCUGGCGUGGGUCUCCCGGGCUCCUGAACCCUCAACGCCAGUACCUCAGGGGCCGUGUCCGCACCCUUGGCCCUGAUCCUUAUGGAUUGAGACUGGGAGCCCCAGCGCCCAGCCGCCUCGAUCCCUGGGCCCAGCCUGAGACUGCAGGUGGCCCAGCCAGGGUGUGGGGAGGCCUCAGGACCCCAAAGCAGAGUCACCCUAGGAGCUCCGGGCUUGUAACUCUAACACUUUGGGAACAUCAUUUGAAACACCCCUCCCUGCCCACGCGAGGAGAAAACAGGCCUGUGGUGCCCCCUCCCUGGUGUCCUCGUGCUCAUGCUGCGCCUCGGUUCCGGAGAGUUCCAGGGUUUCCCUGUGGGGUCCACGGCACCCAGGGCAACUGGGUCUGAGUCCGUCCACCACCAGGUCACCUGGGACAGGUCCCUCCCCAGCCUCUGUCUCUCCAAAUGGGAUCAAAAGUGGGAUUGAGAACAGUGACCACUUUGUGGGGUGAGGACAAAGAGUGAUGUUUGUGAAGGGCUCACCAUGGGGUGCCACGCUGGGUGCCCAGGAGAUAGGAUGGGGCCAACCUGCCCUCCCCCAACAUAGGCACCUGCCCCGGCACCACCCUGAAGGCAGUUACUGGUAGUGCCACGCCCAAGUCCUGAACAGGGUCCCUGGGCCCUUCACUCAGUGUCCAGGAGCCAGGUCUGGAGCACAGGCCUCAUCUAUCACUGCCCGCCCUGUGGCGAGGGUGUGGGAUGGGAGCAACAGGAGCACCUAGGCAGGGUGGGAUGGGGUCAGAUUUGCAUCGCGGGUCUCAGACAGAGAGAACAGGGGAGGGCGGGGUUGGAGGUGGGCGCUCCUUGGCCCAGGCAGGCGGCUCAGCGGCUUUACCCACAGAAUGGAGAGCCUGCGAUGGGAGGUGAUGAGUGGAGGCCCACACCCCUCUCUAUGCCUGCAGUGCCAAGAGUGGCCACGUGGGGGCAGCAGAGGGUAGGAACGGACUGGAGGUGGAGGCUGCAGGGGACCCAGGCCCUCCGUGAGGGCAGUCGUCCCCCGCUCUGCAGCCGGCCAGCGGGCUUGGAGUCACAAGCUUGGCCAGGGCUCAUGCAGGCCCAUCUCUGCGUCUCCCCUCUGCUGGGAGGUCCUGGUCUCAGGAGGUUGCACAGGUCACUCCAGGUCAUCCAGCUAGCACGGGCACCAGGGUCAGAGCCCAGGCCUCCUACCUCCUCUGCCUCACCCUUGGAGGGUCCCAGGCAGAGAUGAGAGAGCUGGGUGGCAGGGGCAGGUCCUGUCUGGAGAGCUUCCUGGACGAGGCAAGUGUGCAUGACGGGGUGCAUUCAAAGGAACACAGCUGAGAGUGAGGGGCUGGGGGUUUUCCCGGGGACAGUGCCCAGGAGACUAGAGCAGAGGGAUAAGGGUGGUGCUUCCUGUCCUUCCAGACCUCAGCCUCCUGCUUCCCCACCUCUCUGGGCUCCCAGCUCAGGACAGGGUGGGGCGGAGCGUCAGCCCCUGGCUGCCGGGCAGGUACUUUCCUCCCUGCAGAUGAGGUAAGGCAGGGCUGGCCUCCCAGCAACCUGAGUCCCCAGUGCGUCCCCGUGUCGAACCAGGCCUGGCUGAGCAGUCGUCAGGGGUGAGAGGUCAGUGUCCUGGUUGAGGCAGCCUGGAUAUGUGGGAGCAGGGACAUGGGCCCUGAGGGGCAGGGGCAGCUUCAUGGUUCCCAUAACAGAUCUCAAAGGGCAGGUCCAAUUCUCAGAGAAGAGAUUGGCCAGAGAGGGCAUUCCAGGUAGAGGAACAGCCUGAGCGAAGGCUCAGAGGAGAAGUGCGGCUGGGUCUGAAGAAAGCAGGGCCGGCCAGCAACUGAGGCGCCUCCUCGGCCAGGCUUCCUUUAUCCCAGCAGUAAAGCAUGGCCUCCCUCGGCCCCCGCCCCCAAAAGGAGCUUAGAGCUACCCCACCCUCCCCAGCAGAAGAAGGGGUACACUGUCUACGGCCCUGGUCCCAGACAUCAGGCUUUCCAAGUGCCAGGGGCAGGCCGGGCUGGGAAGCCCCAACACCUGACGGGUUUUCCCAGGGGCCCUAGGCAGUCGGGGGUGCUACAGGGCCUGUGUGAGGGCGGAAGGUCCGGGAGCGCAGCACAAGCUCCCUGGAGACAUCAAAGGCAGGGACUCCUGCCUCAGGGAGGUGGUCUCCCCAAAUGACAGCCUCAGGGAAUUAUGGCAUCGGAAGCCAGUGGCCAGCCCCUACCCCUGUACCAGUCGGGGCUUGGGGACGGUAAUCCAGGGACUGGGAAGUGCAGGUGAUGGGAGAACCGGGAAGUUAAAUGGGAGACAAUGAGGCAGCCACAGGGUCCCACCAGCACCCCUGGGCUGAGGGACAAAGGAGGAGGAUGGUACCUGGCCGGGCCCAGGUCCCCCAACAGCAGGAACCACACAGGCCCUAGGUGGAGCCACAGGUGGCAACCCCGCCACCCGAUUCUCCUGCCCUCCAGCCUCCCACUAGGGCCUCCCGUUGGCUGAAUGCAGUGGGGAGCGGCUGACGCAGGCACAAGGGACCAAUACAGCACUGCAGGGAGCAGGGACCCCCUGCUUGGCCAGGCAGGCUUCUUCCACAAGCCCCAGGGUGGCCAAGUCCCCACCCUGGGCCACUCCAUCCUCCCAGGGCUCACGGGCCGAUGCCGCCCGAGGAGGAGGGGUGGUCAGUGCAGCACGCAGUGGGAGUGGGAAGUCAGGGGGUGCAGGAAGCACCCAAGGAAGGAGGAGUCCUGUUCAAGCUGAAUUUCAAAGAAUAAAAGCCUUCAGGGAGAUGGGGUUGUGUAGGUGCCUGUGAGUUGCUCAGCAGCCCACGAUGCCAGGACGCCUCUUCCAACCCCCACUGGACUACAUUUCCCAGCCUCCCUUGCAGUUGGGGUAGUCAUGUGACUGAGUUCUAGUCAGUGCCAUGUGAGCAGAGGGAGGUGGGGCACUUCCAGGCCUAGCUCAUAACACCUCCUUCAGGCAGUCCUCCAAGCUCUUUCCUCUGCUGGUGCAAGGAUGACUUUGGAAACCCUGGUGACCUGGGUCCCCAGCAAGUGGAAGGGUAUCCCCUACCCACUGACCUGUUCGCCCAUCCAGUACUGCUAUGUGAACGAGAAAUAAACUUCUCUUGUGAUUAAGCCAUAA